GCUCGUUUCAGAAGGGCGCCGGCUUUCUGGUGCGUGGGGAGGUUGUUGCCAUCCAAGACGUUACGUGACCUCCGCUCUAGCUUUCCUUCCCUAUGGUCACGACGCCUCUCCGCCGGCCAUGAAAUCCGCCUUUGUCACAGUGGGCACGACCAGCUUCGACGACCUCAUCGCCGCCGUGACGGCUCCGGAGGCUCUGCAGGUUUUACAGGAUCUUGGCUACAGCAGACUUGUCCUUCAGGUUGGCAGGGGCACAGUUUGCCCUGUUUCAACCAGCACACCUACAUUUACCCUGGAAGUGUUCAGGUUCAAGAACUCACUCUCUGAAGAUGUGCAAAUAGCCGAUCUAGUCAUAAGUCAUGCAGGUGCUGGUAGCUGCUUGGAAGUAUUGGAAGCAGGGAAGCCACUACUGGUAGUUGUAAAUGACAAGCUUAUGGACAAUCACCAGUUGGAACUGGCAAGGCAGCUGUGCAGGGACGGCCACCUCUUUUACUGCACUUGCAGGACCCUUCUGAAGACACUUCAAACAUCAGACUUUUCAACCCUGAAGCCUUUUCCUCCUGGACAGCCAGAAAAAUUUGCUGCAUUCUUGGACAAAGUAAUUGGCAUUUGAAUAAAUCAGCUGGAAAAGGAAGCUCACACAUUUGAAACUACUCCUGUAUAUAUAAUUUCAACAUACAUGUGUGCUUGCAGUGGCAAAUGAAAUUAAAUUAUGGUCUGCUUUGCAGCAAAAGAAAACCAAUUCACUGACCUGUAGCUUUGACAUGGCCUUAGUGGUCCAGGAAGCAAGCAGUAGCAAAAAUCCCCCCUCCUGCCCACCUCUAAACACGCACUUCUUUGCUCAGCCCUAUUUCAAAUAGGGCACAAUGUCAUUCAGGUUUUAGACUUUUGAUUAUGUUUCAGUGUUGAGUUUUCUUGAGGUUACUUUGCCAUAAACCAUUUAGCAGACAGUAUCCAUUUGGAUAAGAAAAUGCUUGGGGGAAUAGGAUUUGAUAACGGGGGCUAUAACAUACAGGUAACUUGCAACUUAACAUGCCAGGGAUUACAUUCCUGGCUGUCGUGCGCAUAAGCAAAAUCACAUAAAGCCAGAACACCCCUUAAAAACCAUUAAAAAAAUUACUCGUCUCCAUGGCCUCCUCCGCACCCUCUUCAUCUGCCUCUUCACCCAAACACACUCAGUGAAGGCUGCUGGCUUUCAUUUUUUCACUCGUGUGUGCCAUUUCUGCAUCAUUUUUAAUUUACUAUUGUUAUUUUUGGCAACGUGCUUAAAGCUGUGAGCACAUAAAUAAGUGUAAGUUGCAAGUUACCAGAAAUCAGCAUUAAGCCUAUAUAAGUACCUGAAGUGGAAGCUCAAUAAAGAUUAGUAAGAUCUCUUAUGAAAACUGUUUCUGUUAAAUAUAUAUUAGCAGUAGGCAUGAGCCUUAUUCAUGCAUUAUUCACCUGUAGAGCUCUUAGAGCCCUUGCCCUGACUUUAACAUUAUUUGAUUUUGACCUCUUACCUGCCCUUCACCCUAAGGGCUAGCACUGCAUUCCAAUGUCCACAUGUUGCGUGUGGUUGUCUGCGAAAGAAGUGCUAAGUGCCAGCAUCUGCUGAGCUUUUAACGUGACAGAUGGGGUUAGCAUAAUUUCAUGCGUAACCCCUGCUUCCAGCUGCGGUUGCAUACUGUACUUUGGGCUAACCCUCUUAUGUAACUGCUCAGUUAGGGUUGAGUGAAUUUUCGCACAGUUGGCUCUGAAACUGAGAGGAGGAAUAAUAGAAUCACAGACCUGGAAGGGGACCCAAGGGUCAUCUAAUCCAACCCCUUGCAAAGCAGGAAUCACAGCUAAAGGAGAUGAUCCAAGGAGAAAAGAUGAGGGAAAUACUGAUAUCAUACCAUAGUUGGGUUGUAUUAUAUCUACCCUGUCCCCAUGAGUUUGUAACAGGUUAUCUGAAUCCACCUGCAGUCUUCAGAAGUCAGAUGUUUUCAAUCUUUGUGACUUUCAUGACGUUACCAGCUUUCAUGUUAAUGUGAACAUCAAGUCUGAGUUCAGCUAGUCAAGCCUUCAGUGCAAACCAAUCACGGAUUGGCAAUUUUCUGCAGAAAAUGACCCGGAAGUACAUCAUGCAGCUCUAUCUACUGCUUAAAGGAAAGAUUGCUUAUACAACCUGCCAACAGUUCACAGAUGAAAACCAGGACCUGCUUGUAACGCCCACAUCGAAGAUCACAGCCCAAGCCCACCCCCCGUUAUGAUGCACCAUGUUGCUGAAGGCCACUUUAACUGCUGUAUUCAUUUGCUCUAAAGAAGCUCGUCCACUGAAUUUAAAGAAAAGAGGGUCCUUUCUGCUUUCAUUAAAGAUACACUAGAAUAAAAUAA